AUGCCAGAUUCAGUGGAGAAACAGCAAAACUUGUCAAGGGAAGAUGGUCCAGAGAUCGACGAAGGCGACGAUGGCUCGGAGAUCGACGAAGACGACGAUGGCUCGGAGAUCGACGAAGACGACGAUGGCUCGGAGAUCGACAAAGACGGCGAUGGCUCGGAGAUCGACAAAGACGGCGAUGGCUCGGAGAUCGACAAAGACGGCGAUGGCUCGGAGAUCGACAAAGACGGCGAUGGCUCGGAGAUCGACAAAGACGGCGAUGGCUCGGAGAUCGACAAAGACGGCGAUGAAAAAGACAAAGAUGAAGAGCUGGCACAGUUGGGAGAGCCAGGUGAAGCUGAGGAAGCUAGGAGAAGCUGUGAGAGGCUAGGAGAGCUUGGUGAAGCUGAGGAAGCUGGAGUCGAACCAAAUACUUCGACAGUGGAAUUAUCACUCCACCUCACACUGUCCUGA